AUGGCCCACCUUACGCACGCUCGAUCAUCGGGAUCUGACCUCGGUGGACUUGAUCACCAAGACCACAAUCUCAUCCACAACACCACAACAAGCACCCACCGCAGUGAACAACCAUCUACCUCACCAGACACAGUAUCUGGAAACACGCACCACAACGAAGGACGCGGCGGUGAUCAAUCAGCCACCGAAGGUGCUGCUGAUGAAGACGACGAGGAUGAUGAAGACAGUAGUACCGUCAAAGACACCGAACUCGACGACGAGACAGACGAAGACGUGCCCGCCCUUCCCUUUGGGUACGGCAAGGGAGGCAGGGGCAAAGGAAAGUGUCCAUCUAUUCGCGUCGAGCCUGUAGGAGGCUAUGAGUCUCAUGGUGACGAUGACGAGACCAUGUCUCAUGGGGCCGAGCAACUGCUCGUGCCCAACAAACACCCCGUGAAUCAACUACUAAUGAGCAACAAAAAGCGUACCUUUAGCAACCUGUCAAGCACUUCGGUGCUGUUUGGUGACGACUCCACAGAUCAAGAGUCAUUCCCUAGACGCAAGAUGGUGCGAAAGCUGAGUAAUGCGGCAAGUAUACCGCUGCUCACCUACAAGGAGGACGAAGAAACUCCAGUAAGCUAUGAAAAUGCCAUUGAGAGCGACGAUGAAGACUACAGCGGCGUCAAUCUUGUCCCUGACGAUGACGAGUCCGACAUGGACAUGAUGGAGCGACAAGAAGAGAGCUUCAUUCUCCAGGAGGAGCAACAAGCUACUAACCUCCUCAAUGAGUAUCGUGAUGCUCGUCGACUCAGCCUCGACAGCUGCUUUAGCGACAAUAUCUUCGAUGUCACUGCCCCCUUAGACGAGGUGUUCAUGGCGGGUCUCCCUGACUUUGGAUUUAAUCAUUUCUUCGAGCCCGAGGCUGUACCCGCAUCCCCUGUCCCUAUGGCGAAGAGGAAGUUUUCAGACGGAUCUGCUAAGCGUGUCCGCUUCGAUGACGAUGUCCAAGUAUCAGAUAGUUCCAGUUCGGAAUCUUCAGAGCUCGAUAGCAGCCUCUUCCCUGAUCUUUUCAUGGAACAAGACAAGAUACCUCCCAGUCUGCAUCAGCUCCUUGAGAUGGAUAACGAUGAUGACAAUGGAGACAUGGCGUCUCCCCAGUCGGACAUAUCCUUCUGGGACUUUGAACAAAACGAGUCUCGCAUCACUCAAGUCGACCAUUCGGAUGAAUCCGAUGGCGAGUCUGCUGGUGAAUCCAGUGGCUAUGAGUCUGACAUGGGUGAUACCACUGAUGAAGAAGACUAUGAGGAGGAUGAACUACCACAAACGCCUGCCCAAAAGCAAUCUGUUCUCCGCCGACCGUCUUCGGCCCCGGGCUCCCGGGCUGCUACGCCUAAGCCAUUUCAGCGCAGUUCUCGACCGAUUGGGCGCCAGAUUCCCCCCACUCGCGGUGUCUUCAUCCACAAUGAAACCGAUCAGGCUAUUGCGGUGACCAACCGAGCCACCAAGACUGUCAGCUUCUAUCGUCCCCGCACUAUCAUGCUGCCUUGGCUCCCAAUGACGGACUAUCAGAGCAGCACAAGCAGCACCGUCAACAACAGUCCUAGGAACUCGAUUGCUCAACUGAAUGCCUCCGACAGUGAGGUGAGCAACGAGCUUGUAACCAACGGCCUUGGUGCCGAUAUCAUGCUUACGGGUAUUUUUGGGUCUGCACCGAGCAACGACUAUGUGUUCGGACAUGAAAGCAUCGGUCCUCCCGAGGCUUUCUACCCAUUUGUAAGCAUAUCUGCCAAUGGUGACAUGGGCAUUAUUGACGAUGACGAGGAUGAUUCUUCGAGCGACGACUACGAGGACAACCUCGACAUCGCUGACUUUAUGGAAUUUCCUUCUGAGGGCGACGAGACGGAUAUUGAAGAAGAAGAGGAUGACGUGGAGGACACUGAUGUGCCAGCAACCCCAGGAACCUCAAGCAUGAUGCCACAUGACUCGACGCCAGCCGCACCCUCGACAACCACACCCAAGGCCCGUAAGAGGUCCACGUCAGAUGUCAUGCUUGGCCACUUUGAUGCUACCGUCAUCACUGCCUUCCGCAACAACCAAAACCGGUACCGUGAUGUUGCAUCUCUGCCAUCGGACCCUGCUGCCCGAGCAUCCAUCUCCCGUCCGGUCCGCUCUGGAAAGUCAGCUGAGGCUUUAAUUACACCACUCCGUAAGCGUGCGCCGUCAAGCAGGAUCGCCAAAUCGCCUUUUGAGAACUCGACUAGCAUGAACCGCAGUUCUCCCCUCUCUGCUGCCACCAGGGCUACAACCAGGUUGCAAAACUCCAUAGAUUCCUCACGUAGACCUCCCCGGAUGGGUUCCUUCUCUUGA